AAUGGAGUGUGGUGGUGGUCGGGGUUGGCGCUUUCUGAUGGCAUGUAUAAAAGGCAUUGCACUUUGAAAUUGCAAUCGGUGUUGGUCAUCGUCAACUACAUUUUCUCCGUCUCUUCGUUUUUGCUCUUUCUGUCUCUCUCGAGCUCUGAGAGAUUCAGAUUCAGAUCUAGAUCAGAUCUGUAACUAUUCCGUGUUACUCACGUUUCCGAAGAACAAAACCAAAAAAACCAAAAAAAAAAAAAGAAGAAAAAUGGCGACUGUGUCCCCUCUCGCCAAGUACAAGCUCGUUUUCUUAGGCGAUCAAUCGGUUGGAAAAACCAGCAUAAUCACUCGCUUCAUGUAUGACAAAUUCGACACUACCUAUCAGGCUACUAUUGGUAUUGACUUCUUGUCAAAAACAAUGUACCUUGAAGAUCGAACAGUUCGUCUACAGCUUUGGGAUACUGCAGGACAAGAAAGAUUUAGAAGUCUCAUUCCAAGCUACAUAAGAGAUUCUUCUGUUGCAAUUGUUGUCUAUGAUGUAGCCAACCGACAAUCAUUUUUGAACACUAACAAGUGGAUUGAGGAGGUGCGUACAGAACGAGGAAGUGAUGUUAUUAUUGUCUUGGUUGGGAACAAAACUGAUCUUGUUGAGAAAAGGUGAGCAAUGAGUUGAUAAAUUUGUUCGAUGCAAGUCUUUUUUGUAAUGCUUAUAUUAUUAACUAGUUUACUAACAGGAUAUCUUCAUCAUGAAAUUUGUUUAGACACGUGGUUCUUUUUUUCAUUAGACAUUUGGAUUCUAUCUAUUGUCAGAAGGGACUUUGCAUAUUGUUUGCAUUAAUUCCUGUUUGUUUAUCCAAAUUUUUGGCAUUAAUUCCUGUUUGUUUUUCCAAAUUUUUGGCAUAAAAAUAAUUGCUAAUUUAUCAUAUUCUAGUUGGAUACUGUGAUGAUAGGAUAACGGGACUCCUUUUGUUGCUAACAACUGCAUUGGUUAAUUAAAUCAUUUUGUUAAAAAGAAGGGAAUGGCCUUAUACUAUCUUGAGGAGCCUUGUUUGUUUGACACAAAAAAAAAAACCUAUCUCAAUCACUCAUGUCAAAGUAAGUAUUGUCUAAAAGGAAAAAAGUUUUCAUUUUUCCAUUAAGGGUUAGCACGUCCUUAUUUUGAAAUCAUCAAUAUUAUGUUUCCAUCAUUGUUUUUUAAGUUAAGUGUUGAUAGUCUUCAAUGUGCUAUUUGUGAAAUUGCAAGGCUUAAAGCAUAUACAAUUUUCUAUUACAAGUGUUCGUAGAUUGGAUUUUAAAAAAAUUCAAAUUGAA